AUGGACCGCCAACCUAGGUAUAACAUGACAGCCGUGACAGAGUUCAUCUUGCUGGGGCUGACAGAGAAGUGGGAACUGCAGCCAGUCCUUUUUGCUAUCUUUCUCUUGGUCUAUGCAGCCACAAUUGGUGGCAACCUAGGCAUCUUGGCUGCCAUCUUGGUGGAGCCCAAGCUGCAUACACCAAUGUACUUCUUUCUGGGGAAUUUGUCACUGCUGGAUAUUGGGUGUGUCAGCGUCACAGUGCCCCCCAUGCUGGUGCGACUUCUAUCCCGAGAGCAAGCUGUCCCCUUUGCUGCCUGCCUCUCCCAGCUCUUCUUCUUCCACCUGCUCGCUGGUGUUGACUGUUUUCUGCUGACCGCCAUGGCCUAUGACCGCUUCCUGGCCAUCUGCCAUCCUCUCACCUAUACAAGUCGCAUGGGCCGAGGUGUCCAGGGAGUGCUGGUGGCUGCAUCUUGGGCCUGCUCACUUGGAAAUGCAUUGACCCAUACAGUAGCACUAUCCACACUUGACUUCUGUGGCCCCAAUGUGGUGAACCACUUCUACUGUGACCUCCCCCAACUCUUUCACCUCGCCUGCUCCAGUACUCACCUCAAUGAGCUGCUGCUCUUUGCUCUGGGUGUCAUCAUGGCAGGAGCCCCCAUGGUCCUCAUUGUUACCUCCUACCUGCAGGUAGUAGGUGCUGUGCUUAGGAUCCGCUCAGCAGAGGGCCGGAGAAAGGCCUUCUCCACCUGCAGCUCACACCUGGCUGUUGUGGGCAUCUUCUAUGGGGCUGGGAUCUUCAACUAUAUGCGCCUGGGUUCUGUUGAAGCCUCAGACCAGAGCAAAGGGGUUGGAAUCCUCAACACCAUCCUCAGCCCCAUGCUUAAUCCAUUCAUCUACAGCCUCCGGAACCCAGAUGUGCAGGGAGCCCUGCGGCGGGUUUUCACAGGGCAGAGAGUCUCAGCUUGA